GCUACAAAGAGGAACAGGCCGCUUGCAUUUUACGAGGAAUACAUCAACACAGGGGAUCUGAGGAUAACGAAAAUGAGUUCCACGGGCAGCUGCUGAGUCAGAGGUGGACAAAAGAAGACAGAAUCAGCAGCUGGGAGAGCAAGAGGAGCAAACGAAUCAAAAUGAGCCUCGACACAGAUGACAAGCGGACGCGGACCCGCUCAAAAGGCAUCAGAGUUCCUCUUGAGCUUGUUGGACAGGAAUACAGCUGUCCCACCCCAGGCUGCGAUGGUUUGGGUCAUGUCAGUGGAAAAUAUGCUCGACACAGAAGUGCACUUGGCUGCCCAUUAGCCAAGAAAAGGAAACUCCAGGAGGCGGAAGAGACCCAGCCAGCCGCUAAAAAGAAGCCCAAUCCCUUAAAGCUAGCAAUGGAUGAUGGGUUUAAUGCAGACAGUGACACGAAUAGUGAAACUGAACCAAAGGAUGAAGCAGUGGAUUCUGAUGAUGAAACAACCGAGAAGGAAGAAGAGCCUCAGAAGAAGGAACAAACACCAGAGUUACUGGCAGAGGAAAGUUCACAAAUGGAAUCUAAAGAUAAAAACACAACAGACAAAGACGUUUCUUCUCCAGCGCAUGAAAAGGAGUCUAAAACAGAGCAGGAUGAGCCUGAAGUAACACCCAUCCAACAAGAUACAGUGGAGACUGAAAGUGACGAAGGUCUUCAGGUCGCAGCAGAGAUCCAGGCCGGAGAGGAUGAAGAGGGGGACGAAGGAGAAGAGAUGACAGAAGAAGAGCAAAUGACUCAGCAGCUAAAAGCCAUUGAGGAGCCAGUGCAGAUAUCUGAAGAAGAAGGUGAGGAAGACGAAGAACAGGGUGAGGAGCAUGAGAGCCAGUGCUCAAGUCAAAAGAACAAUUCAGACCACCAGUACUUCAGCGGAGACUUCAACAAAGUUAAGGCCAAAGAAAAUGAGGAAAAGACUAACAAUCAGGACAAUGACAUUGAUGAAGAAGUGGAGGAGGUGGAUGAUGAGGAGGAGGAGGACGAAGAAGAAGAAGAACAGCAGGCCCAAGCAGAGCCCACACACUUUCCCAGCACUGUGGCCACCAGCUUUCCAGCUCAGGUAUCCCAACCAGAUGCAUUUGUGACAUCUAGUGGGAAAACAGACACCCCCUUAAGCGAGGAGGAAGAAGAAGAGGAAUUAGAAGAGGAGGAGCCCAACAAAGUCUCACCCACAAUGGUGAUAGAGCUGCAAUCAGAUGACGAUGAUGAGAUUGAAGAGGAAGAAGACGAGAUAGAGGAUGAAGAGGAGGAAGAUGCAGAAGAUGAGGAGGCUGACAGUGUGUCUCACAGAUCAGAGGUGACAGACGAGUCAGAGACGUAUGACAUGACACGAGGAAACCUGGGAUUGCUUGAGCAGGCCAUUGCACUUAAGGCAGAGCAGACAGCACGUAGUUCAGAGGAGAGUCGCUCUCCAGAGCAGCAGAGCUACCACAGUGCAGAUGAAAAUAUGUCAGACAACCCACACAGAGGAUAUUAUGACGGCUCUAGAUCAGAUAAGAAGGAAGUGAAGUGUCCCACACCAGGGUGCGAUGGGACAGGUCAUGUGACCGGACUGUAUCCUCACCAUCGCAGCCUUUCUGGGUGCCCACAUAAGGACAGGGUUCCACCUGAAAUCUUGGCCAUGCAUGAGAAUGUGCUGAAGUGUCCAACGCCCGGAUGUAACGGCCAAGGCCAUGUCAACAGCAACCGCAACACACAUCGCAGUUUAUCAGGCUGCCCAAUCGCUGCUGCAGGGAAACACUCAAAGACUUAUGAAAAGCCACCUCAGGCUCAAGCUUCAGUCAGUGAACAAGUUGUCAUAGGCUCUAAUUCAGACAGAGUACUCAGGCCUAUGUGUUUUGUGAAGCAGCUGGAGAUUCCUCAAUAUGGUAGCUACAGGCCUAAUGCGGGUCCAGCCACCCCACGAGCCAACCUGGCGAAGGAGCUGGAGAAAUACUCCAAGGUGUCCUUUGACUAUGCAAGCUUUGACGUGCAGGUGUUUGGCAAUCGCGUUCUCGCCCCAAAGAUGCCUACCAGUGAAACCUCACCUAAAGCCUUCAAAUCAAAACCAUUUCCUCAAGCUUCCUCCCCGAACCAGAGUGUAUCUGGAGGCUACACCAAAAGCAGCUCCUCUUCCACCUCCAGUGGAUAUGAUUACACACAUGAUGCCGAGGCUGCUCACAUGGCCGCCACUGCCAUCCUGAACCUGUCCACACGCUGCUGGGAGAGACCAGAGAACCUUAGCACCAAGCUUCAGGAACAGACCAGUAAGGAUAUGGAUAUUGAGGUUGACGAGAAUGGCACCCUGGACCUCAGCAUGAAGAAACCCAAGAGAGAAGGCAUGACGUCACCUGAUCCCUCUUCCUCAUCUUCAUCUUCCUCACAACAUCACGGAGUCACUUCACCUUCCUCUGGUCAUGCCUACAAGAUAGAUGAGUGGGAGGGGCCUAUUGACUACACCAAGACCAGCCAGCAGAAGGAAGAGGAGCCUGAGGAGAUGGAUUACACGACACAAUCCUACGCCUCUUCUGAAGCUGAGGAUGAUGAUAUUACACAAGAGGAUGUGGAGGAUAGAAAGUACCCUGGUGAGGUCACCACUUCCAGCUUCAAGCUCAAACUUCCUUCCAAGGACAGCAAGAAAGACCUCCUGCUAUGUCCUACCCCUGGAUGUGACGGCAGUGGUCACAUAACCGGAAACUAUGCAUCUCACCGCAGAUGUCCUACACCAGGCUGUGAUGGAUCUGGACAUAUCACAGGAAACUACGCCUCACACAGAAGUUUGUCUGGAUGUCCACGUGCCAAAAAAGGUGGAGUGAAAAUAACCCCCACCAAGGACGACAAGGAAGAUUCAGAGUUGAUAAGGUGCCCAGUGCCUGGCUGUGACAGCCUAGGCCACAUCAGUGGAAAAUAUGCCACUCAUCGCAGUGCCUAUGGGUGUCCUUUGGCAGCACGCAGACAGAAGGAGGGUUUGCUGAACGGUUCACCAUUCUCAUGGAAGUCUUUUAAGACAGAGGGUCCCACUUGCCCCACUCUAGGGUGUGAUGGCUCCGGCCAUGCCAACGGAAGCUUCCUCACACAUCGCAGUCUAUCAGGUUGUCCAAGAGCUUCUGCUAACAAGAAAAGAGCUAGGUUUCCUGAGGAUGACUACAUCAGCAAGAAAUUCAAGGCAAGCGAUGUUCUUGAUAACGAUGAAGACAUAAAGCAGUUAAACAAAGAGAUCUGUGAGCUUAACGAGUCUAACUCAGAGAUGGAGACAGACAUGGCCAACAUCCACACACAGAUUUCAUCAAUGGAGAAGAAUUUAAAGAACAUGGAGGAGGAAAAUAAACUAAUCGAAGAGAAAAAUGAAGCUCUGUUCGUGGAAUUGUCUGGCCUGAGCCAGGCCCUUAUCCGUGGCUUAGCCAACAUUCGUCUACCACAAAUGGAGCCCAUCAGUGAACAGAACUUUGAUUCAUAUGUGGACACUCUGACUCACAUGUUCAGCAACAAAGAGUGCUAUCAGAAUCCUGCAAACCGGGCCCUACUUGAAUCCAUCAACCAAGCUGUCAAAGGCAUUGAGGUGUAAGCACAUUUGGAAUUAACCACACCGAGGAAAAGAGCAUCACCAUGAGACACUGUGGCUUCAGAAACAAACCAACAAUACUUGUGCACUGUUAAAGGAUUUUCAGGUUUUGUAUGUGACUGAUUAUGAGCCUGGUUAUGCCCUGGGGGGUUCCGAGUUAAGGACCAAAUUCUACAAUCCAGUCUUGCUGCUUAAAAGUUUUGUCUACAAUUAUAUGACCCAAAAGGUUUCUAUGCCAGUGUGGCAGAGUUGUUCUCCUUAUAGGGUAUUUUGGACUUUUUCUGAUUAGUGAUCAGAUCACACCUGUCCCGUUCUGCCUUUCUUAAUCUUCUCAGUGAAUGGAGGUUGUCAUGAACAAGCUGUGAGAUGGUGUGUGUGUAUGUGUGUGUGUGUGUGUGUGUGUGUGUGUGUGCGUGCGUGCGUGCAUGUGUGUGUGUGUGUAAGGUGGACAUUUAAUGUCUGAGGGUACUUUGAGAAUUACUGGAGUCCUGUUAUGAAUCACGAUUAGAUUGCAACACUGCUGUUGUUUGUAUGAUGUUGUCUCAGAUUUGGUGGUAAUUUGUUCCAGUCCCAUUUAGAAAUGGUCUUUAGUAUUUGAAACCAUAGAUAUUGCACUUCCAUAAUAGUUUGUAGUUUCAUGAUCAUAAUGCUAUUAUUAUAAUUAUUACUAUUUAAAUUUGUAAUUCAUUAAUAUGUAAGGUUAAUUUAUUAUUUAUUCAUGUUUGGCUGAUUAUUUUGUUUAUUUAUUUAUCAGUGUCUAUUUAAGAGCUUAUUUAUUUUACACCACAAAAUUCUAUAAGCAGCUUUUUAACAGUUGAUAUAAGGAGAAUAUUUGCCCUCUUUAUUGAAAUAGAGGCAAUAUUUUAAAAAAAUAUCCACAGCAAGUGUUUUAUAAACCUUCCUAUUUAUUUUAAAGACAGAGAUUUUUAAUCUCUUUUUUAAGUGCAAAUAUUUUUUAUCAACUUUUAUAUUAUUUUCUAAUAUUCUUUUUAUUUAAUGAUUUUGUUUUCCAUAAAAGUAUUUUGACACCGUCCACAGUGAAGUGGCUUAAACAGAUACAGUAUGAUGUAUUUAUUAUUAUUUAUGUAAUAUUUAAGUACAAAUUGAAUGGAGAUCUUGUUGCAAUAUUUAUUUUGUAAAUGUAUCUGUGUUAGUGAUUGCUGCAUAUGGAUAGACUUUUACCCAUCUGUUGGUGAUAAAAUAAAAGGGAAUUCUAUUACCUA